AUGUUCCAGGUACUCGAGUAUCUCUCAGCGCAUCCGCUACUCGGUCCGUACAUUCAAAUGGCAGCAAAAAUGGUCGUGUCUAUGUUCUACAUUAUUGUUCUUCUAUUAGUUACGUUGAUGGCGUUCGGUGUUUCACGUCAAGCGAUCACCUAUCCACAUGAGAAAUGGAACUGGUUACUAGUACGAAAUAUCUUUUACAAACCGUAUUUUAUGCUUUAUGGUGAAGUUUACGCUGGUGAAAUUGAUACCUGUGGAGACGAAGGUGAUUUUAUUUGCGUUUGUGACUUUGCUCCCUUGAAUCAAAUUUCAGGAACGAAUUGUGUUCCCGGAGGAUGGAUACCACCAGUUUUGAUGACGAUUUUUCUGUUAGUCGCUAACAUCCUUCUUAUCAAUAUGCUUAUUGCUAUUUUUAAUAACAUCUUUAACGAAACCAACAUUCGAUCACAUGAAGUGUGGCUGUUCCAACGUUACGGGCAGGUGAUGGAAUAUAACGACACACCUCUGCUUCCACCGCCAUUCACCAUUCUGGCCUACAUUGGUCGACUUUUCUGCUUCUGCAAGAAGAAACCACUGAGCAAUGGAAAAGAGCGAGAUGAUGUUGUUACAAACUGCUCAACAAAGCUUCAUCUAAGUGCCGAAGAAUUGCGAGAAUUGCACGACUUUGAAGAGGAUUGCAUGGAUGAGUUGACUAGGAGGAAGCUUCGGAAUGAUAAAGGCAAUUCUGCCGACGUCUGGAUAAAUUCAUUAGAACUGAUUGAAUUGUGUUCGCAGAGGGUGAACGAAGUGCUGCAAGAGAAUUGCUCGCUGAAGAGCCGUCUAUGCGAUAUGGAGGGUCGGUUGGAUCUGAUAAUUAAGAAACAAAUGGAGUUCAUGGAUAUCCUGACAGAGAACAGAAAGGAAUUAGAAGUGAAUGCGAGUGAAAGAAGUACCGGUGGGAGGGGGCCUAACAGGUCUGUAAAAGUAACUGUUACUGCGCCGGAUUUGUGCCUUUUUACCGACCAAAUCCAACCCAGUUCCCUAAAGGAGAAAGCAAAGACACCGUCACCACUUCUUAGUCAUCUAAGAAUGGAUCACACGCUUCGAAAAUAUGAUGAGGCUCGCUACCAGCCAGCAUCGAUCGGGAGGCGACGACGCUUGAACUCUUUAUCGCUUUCUAUCUCACAAGAUAUGAAAGAUAUGGAAAGAUCUCCGAAUGCAAAUGAAAUCGUCACAUCUAAUGACGACACUUCGACCGUUGUCGUGCACGGACGAGAGGAGUCAUAG